AUGGAUGAUACGACCACACUCUUGAUCAUGUUCUGUGUGGUGAAAAUGACAGACAAGUUCGAUCACAGAGCCAAAAUAUACAACAAUAGUGUGUUCUCUUCGUACGUUGCCCCACCUUCUUCAUCAAGCAAACCUUUUUCACCCUUCCCCCAAAAUCAAAGCUUCCACUUCAUCUCCUCUUCUAUUUCCCUCUCUUCGCAUGGCUUAUCCUUCAUCAUCCUGUGCGCCACUGCCACCUUCAAAGAAUCCCCCUCGGAAACCCUAUCUAAAUCCACCUGCAACGGUUUCUGCUACAUCCUGAAAGACAACAUGGACACCAACCAGAUCAUUCCAGCAGACAAAGCCUGCAUAUUCCCGUCCAACCAGAAAGAACCUGAGGAGAUAGGCUGUAACCCUCUCUCAUAUCUACCAAACUCCCAAAAACCCCGGUUGGUUGAUCCAGGAGAGAUCAUAUCAAAAUACUCGAUAAUACCCGAUGAAAACUUUGGUUGCGGUUGCGGAUUGUCACGUGAACACGUCUGUAUGCUAGGAGCAACCACAGCUAAAGCCGCUGUUUCCCAGACUAAGAUUUAGUUCAGUAACUCGAUGGCUACAGGAGAGGUGUUUCCACUCCAGUCAAAGGAAGUCUGUGAUGAAUAUAAGACAGGAGACACGGAGAUUGAGCUGAGAGAUAGUGGUGGUUUACUGAAGUAUAAACUGAAUGCCAUCGGUGAUGCCCAACCGGUUAUUGAUGCUGGUGGUGUCUUUGUUUAUGCGAGGAAGAUAGGAGGAAUGAUUCCAUCUCCAUCAGUAGCUUAACUAACUCUCUUCACAUUCAUUGUGUGUGUAACAGAAUAAGUUUGUAAAUAAAACUGGUUCCGUCAAGUAAAUUUAACUAAUUUGGUUUGUUGCCGGUUAUCUGAUUUGAACGGUUUAAUAAAUUGGUUUUAAAAUUAACCAUAAAGCAACCGGUUCAGAAAAAAAACAAGACAUCGCUAAACCUAGACUUGUGUCUCUUUGUAACGCCGCUUCUCUUCAAACAUUGUCUUCACACUGGGAAAAAACAUGUCAACCACAGCGGUUAAACCCUCCGCCCUAAAAGAUUCGGAACCCAUCACUGGGAUCCGAGAAAAGAUUCGAAGAAGAAGAGUAAGAAGUUGAAAGAAACGACCACUAUAGCGAGAGUAACGGCGAUGAACAACAACCUCCAUCAGCUUCUUCUUAAUGCAGUUUGACUCCGCCAUUGGUGUCAAGGUCUCUGCUUUAGAGCUUGAUCCCAUUAAAGAUAAAUGUAUAGUAUAGUUGCUUUAUCUCAAAACUUGGAUCCAAAUGUAAGCAACUUGGGAUAGCAUAUAAAGAUGUGUUUUGGGUCUCCAUGGAGAGAGAGAGACUCUUUGUGAGGGAAGGUUGAUCCUGGAAACCCAUAUGUUCUCGUUGCUAGCUCCUCUGCUUUGAGAUCUUUGGAACUUCUGAGGUACCGUUGUGAGUUUGUGUUCUGGUUUUUGUUGUUGUUUGACUGAAACUGAGAUCUCUUGUGUAUGAAUGUUUACUGCUUUGUGUGAACUUUUGGGAUAUGAUGACAACAAUACGUAAUCUCUAAGGCUAAUGCUCUGCAGAUUAAAAUGUAUUUGCACGUCAGUCUGAUGAUCCCGUUGUAGAUAACAUUAGUAGUUAAUGCACAUUCAUGUUGUUCAUCCCUUCGUUUAUUUCAUGAUAAUAAGAGUAUGGGAAGUGAUGAUAAGAUAUAUCAAUAUGUCAUAGGCAUAUAUGCAUAUGCAAUGCUGAACAACAUAUUUGCACGUCAGUCUGAUCCCAUUAUGUACCCAUCUUUUUUGUUAUAUGCUUGUAGCACAAAGCUUAAUGCAUAUAUAUUCAGGUUAUUUAUUCCUCUUUUUUCAUAAUAAGAGUUUGGGAAAUGAUGAUAAGAUAUCAAUAUGUCAUAGGCAUAUGCAAUGCUGAACUUAAUAUUUGCACGUCAGUCUGACCCCAGCUCUUGUUUCUUUAUUUUACUUCUUUUGCAUUAGUUCUGAAAAACUAACAUCAUAGUAUUGCUUUCAAGUCAAAUUCUUCUUGUUGUAGAUCUCCCAGUCUCAAUUUUUAUGUUAAGUUGAAUUCAUUAUUGGCGUAGCUAUCUCUGGUUUAAAAAACGGGUUAAUAUUGGCAGCAGCACACCAAGUAGAAUCAAAAAGCUAAUCGACAUUGCUAUGCAUUAGGGCUUUCACGUUUAGCUAUGAUUGGGCUAGAAAUUUCCACAGAUGUCAGGGGAUUUUCAUUAUUCACAUUGCCCCCUCAAGUCAGAGAUGAGUUUUGGGAUUUGUAUAAGAACUGCUUCCACCAGAGAGUCUACGUAUCGUCCAAAGCCACCACCAGCUCCAAAGGUUAAGAACAAUAAGAAACAUAGACGAAACCAGCAUUGAACUAACUUUGUGAGAGAAAUUCACUGUUGUGUUAAUUAGUGUUCUUUUGGCCUAAAGUAGUGCCACUUAGAUUCACUCAGAAAAAGGAUCCUCUCUAAGUCAAAUGAAUAGAAGGAUUAUGUGUUAAAUGUUCGCUCGGAUUGUGGGUUUCUCCAAUAGAUGGUGGGAGGGAGAAAGAUCCCAAUCAUCCCAUAAACGAAGAAUAUAGUGUUGUUAAGUGUGUUCUUUUGGCGCAAUGCACCAAUUAUUCACUGAAAAAGAGGAUCCUCACAAA